AUUCCUGCGUGAAGAGGCUUCAUUAACAAACAGCAACACACCGACGGAGCUAACAUGUCAGACAAGAAGCAGACGGUAGAUCUGGGCUUGCUGGAGGAGGAUGAUGAGUUUGAAGAAUUCCCAGCCGAGGACUGGACAGGGCUGGAUGAAGACGAAGACGCUCAUGUUUGGGAAGACAACUGGGACGAUGAUAACGUAGAAGAUGAUUUCUCAAAUCAACUGAGAGCGGAGCUUGAAAAACAUGGUUACAAGAUGGAGACAUCAUAGUGGCUGACAAGGCCUUUCAGUAUUCGGAGACAUUGGAUAUGGACAUUUAUAAUUGAAAAUUACUGGCUGACCACAUACUGCAAGAAGAGCUCAGAAGAUGUUAAUUUGUUGCCCUUUUUUAUAAUUGAAGUUGAUGGAAGUAAAGUGUUUGGAAGAAAGUGUUCCUUUGAGUGUUUUUCUUUAAUGUUUAUGCU